UGAUUAGCAAUGUAUUGUAUGCUAAUGACCGAAGAAGGCGUGUCUUAUUAAUAUUAAUCACUCGUGGGCUGGACACUUCAGGAGGCUUCAGUACGAACGUCAGAAUUCAUUAAUAUUCAUGAGUGGAGCUCUGCCGUACUAGGAUUCACAGCAUGUGUGUGCAUUGGGUGUCACUCUAAAAAGAGGUGAGGCUUUACACUUCCUCCUGCAUUAUUCAUAAGUGCCUGGAGUGACAGGCAGAGCCCUGGCCAGCUUUUUAAUAUCCAUUCUAAGUGACAGCGUGAGUGGAGUAUCAACAGCACAAAGAUAGAAAGGCUUUUAGAACCCAACUCACAGGGAACUCUGGCAUAAGUGGAGCUCUUAAUACAACCAUGGAUGUGAGCAGCUCUCUGAAGAUGAGCUCUCUGACCACCCAGAGUCUCUUCAGCUAUGUGGAGGAGGAAAACCUUUCGGCCAUCAAAGCUCAUCUGGACAAGUACAGAGAGGUGGACACCAGAAGUGAAAGCGGCCAGACGGCUCUGAUGUUGGCCUCAGAGCAGGGCAGCCUAGAGAUCGUGCAGGAGCUCAUCCGAAGGGGAGCAAACGUCAACUUGGAUGAUAUUGAUUGCUGGACAGCUCUGAUUUCAGCUGCUAAAGAGGGACGCACUGAAGUGGUGAAAGAACUCCUGGAGAACAAUGCCAACGUGGAGCAUCGCGACAUGGGGGGCUGGAGCGCGCUCAUGUGGGCCGCUUAUAAGGGUUGUGUGGAGGUGGCACGUCUACUGCUGGAGAAGGGAGCAAACCCGAACAUCACCGGACAGUACAGUGUUUACCCCAUCAUAUGGGCAGCAGGAAGAGGCCAUGCGGAGAUCGUCCAGCUGCUGCUUCAGCAUGGAGCCAAAGUCAACUGCUCUGACAAGUAUGGCACCACUCCCCUGAUCUGGGCAGGCAGGAAGGGCCAUAACGACUGUGUGAUGCAUCUGCUGGAAAACGGCGCCAAUGUGGACCAGGAGGGAGCGAACUCGAUGACUGCGCUCAUAGUGGCCGUGCGAGGUGGUUUCACUGAGGUGGUGAAGGAGCUGCUUCAGAGAAACCCUAACAUGAAUAUGACUGAUAAAGACGGCAACACUGCGCUGAUGAUCGCCGCUAUAGAGGGCUACACUGAGAUUGUCCAGGACCUGCUGGACGCGGGAACCUAUGUCAACAUCCCUGACCGGAGUGGUGAUACUGUGCUUAUCGGAGCCGUCAGAGGAGGUCAUGUGGAGAUCGUCCGAGCUUUGCUCAAUAAAUAUGCUGAUAUCGAUGUCAAAGGCCAGGACGGUAAGACUGCCCUGUACUGGGCUGUGGAGAAAAGUAACACAACUAUGGUUCGAGACAUUCUGCAGUGCAGCCCUGACACUGAAGCCUACACUAAGGAUGGAGAGACGCCCCUCAUUAAAGCCACCAAGAUGAGAAACAUGGAAAUUGUGGAGCUUCUUUUAGACAAAGGGGCCAAAGUGUCAGCAGUGGACAAGAAAGGUGACACAGCUCUGCAUAUUGCCAUUCGAGGGAGAAGCCGUAAACUCGCCGAGCUGCUCUUGAGGAACCCUAAAGAUGGCCGUCUGCUCUACCGGCCCAACAAAGAGGGAGAGACGCCCUACAACAUCGACUGCACUCACCAGAAGAGCAUCCUCACCCAGAUAUUUGGAGCCAAGCACCUGUCUCCUUCUGAGUGUGACGGGGACAUGCUGGGUUAUGACCUGUACAGCAGCGCUCUGGCGGACAUCCUGAGUGAGCCCACCAUGCAGCCGCCCAUCUGUGUGGGGCUUUACGCCCAGUGGGGCAGCGGCAAGUCCUUCCUGCUCAAGAAACUGGAGGAUGAGAUGAAGACGUUCGCCGGGCAGCAGGUGGAGCCGUUGUUCCAGUUCUCGUGGUUGGUGGUGGUUUUGACUCUGCUGCUGUGUGGAUCUAUGGCUUUGGUCCUCGGCUUUGCUGUUGACACAAAGCUUGCCAUCGCUGUGGCCCUCAGCCUGCUCACCCUACUCUACAUCUUCUUUGUGUUGGUGUACUUUGGAGGGAGAAAAGCAGGGCAGGGUUGGAGUUGGGCCUGGGUCCUCAGCACCAGACUGGCCCGCCACAUCGGCUACUUGGAGCUUCUUCUCAAACUCAUGUUCGUCAAUCCCCCCGAGCUUCCAGAGCAGACCACCAAAGCCCUGCCUGUCAGGUUUCUGUUCACAGACUAUAACCGUCUGUCGAGUGUGGGAGGGGAGACGUCCAUGGCUGAAAUGAUAGCCACGCUGUCCGAUGCCUGUGAGAGAGAGUUCGGCUUCUUGGCCACCAGACUUUUUAGGGUCUUCAAGAAAGAUGAAACUCAAGGAAAGAAGUGGAAGAAGACAUGUUGCGUCCCCUCCUUUGUGCUCUUUGUGUUGACGUCGGGCUGUCUGAUCACUGGCUUGACCCUGCUGGCCAUCUUCAAGGCGGACGCAGAGAACCUGACGGUGAACGCGGUUCUGGUCUCCAUGGCCAGUGUGGUGGCUCUGGCCGUGCUGCUGAACUGUCGGACCUGGUGGCAGGUGGCAGACUCUGUGCUGCACUCUCAGAGGAGGAGGCUCCUUAACGCUGCCAACAGCAUGCACAAGCUCAAGAGUGAGGGAUUCAUGAAGGUUAUGAAGUGUGAAGUGGAGCUCAUGGCUAAAAUGGCUAAAACCAUCGAUGGCUUCACUCAGAAUCAGACCCGACUGGCUGUCAUCAUCGAUGGCCUGGAUUCCUGUGAACAGGACAAAGUGCUACAGAUGCUGGAUACGGUUCGGGUGCUCUUCUCUAAAGGUCCCUUCAUCUCAAUCUUUGCCAGUGACCCUCAUAUCAUCAUCAAGGCCAUAAACCAGAACCUCAACAGUGUGCUGCGUGACUCCAACAUCAACGGCCACGACUACAUGCGAAACAUCAUCCACCUGCCCGUGUUCCUCAACAGCCGUGGCCUCAGCACUACCAAGACACUUUGCAUUUCCAGCCCAGCCAAUGUGGAUCAACUGAACUCUGAUGCUGUAGCGUGGCAAGAGGACAUGGACAGGAAGGUGUCUCAGAACAGUCUCGGCGAGCAGGGCAGUAAAACAGCACUGAACCGCCGGGACACGUACCUCAGGAGACAGAUGCAGCGCUCCGUCACGCGCCAGAUGUCCUUCGACCUGACCAAGCUGCUGGUCACCGAAGACUGGUUCAGUGACAUCAGCCCUCAGACGAUGAGGAGACUGCUCAACAUAGUGUCAGUCACAGGUCGCCUACUUAGAGCCAAUCAGAUCAUUUUUAAUUGGGACCGACUAGCGUCCUGGAUCAACCUGACGGAGGAGUGGCCGUACCGCACAUCCUGGAUCAUUCUCUUCCUGGAGGAAACUGAUGGAGUCUCAGAUCAGGUCACACUGAAGACCAUCUAUGAGAGGAUUUCUAAAAACAUUCCCACCACUAAAGAUGUGGAGCCUCUGUUGGAGAUUGAUGGAGAUAUUCGUAGUUUCGAGGUGUUUCUUUCAUCGCACACCCCUGUUCUUACCGCUCAUGAUGUGGAGAUGUUCCUGCCUUGUACUGUCAACCUGGAUCCCAAACUAAGGGAGAUCAUUGCAGAUGUACGAGAUGCACGAGAGCAGAUGCACCUUGGAGGAGUCAGCUAUCCCACACUGCCCCUGCAAGAUGCUUCGGUUCGGCCCCACUCGACAUUUGGGCAGCAGUCUUUGGCCUGUUCUCCCACAGGCUCUUUGGCUCCUGCUGGUGUGCUGCCGGCCGCUCAACCCCACAGCAGCUACUUUAGUGGGCUCACUGGACCCCAACACCCCUUCUACAACCGGCCUUACUUCCCUCAUCAUGUUUAUCACCUGCCCCGACAUUCCCCUGGAAACCCCCAUCACGCCCCCUCACGCCCUGCUACUAAACUCCAUAAGGACCCCAGUCCGGGACUAGAUGUAAUCAGAGAGGACUCCAGCGAGGGUCUUCCCUCUCCUACAUCUCCCGCUAUGAAUAAAUCUCAGCCCUUCAGAAUGAAGCAGGGCUCUGGUUCUGUGGUUUCUAGUGGAUCUCAGGUCCUCCUCGGUUCUCUGAGCAUCGAUGGCGUAUGUGGGAAGCUGAAACGGAUCCAGGGCCUGGACUCCAGCAUGCUGCAGCAGUAUAUCAGCACAGUCAAAAAGGCCAACGUGAACGGCCGGGUUCUGUCUCAGUGCGACCUCGAUGAGCUCAAGAAGGAAAUGAACAUGAACUUUGGAGACUGGCAUCUCUUCAGGUCCAUGGUUCUAGAGCAGCGUCAUGUGGAGAACCAGCUGCUGCAUGAUGAAUCGAGAGCGUGCAGCGAGCAGGGCAGCAGUGUGUUGACUCAACUCGAACCCAGCCGACCCAGUGAAGCACCACAAGAUGUGCCCAUCAACCCAGAAAACUUCACGUACAGCCUCAGCCUAAGCUUCGACGAGCUCAGCGGUGUGGGGCUGGAGGAGCCCGCCAGGCAACACAAUGCCCACUGGCUGGCCAACACUCACCGGACACCAAGCAUAUCCAGCCUGAACUCUCAGGAAUCAUCUAACGACAUCUGCAAGCUGACCGACAAGCAGCAAGCGGAGUAUCGCAGUGCUUACCUGGAGUACAUCUCCCACAUGUCCCAGCUCGAGGUGUCUGCUGCUGGACGAGAGAGUCCCGCUCAAGUCCUGUCGGGCCGGUUCUUCCCAGCCAGCUCUGAGGAGAAGACUAAGGAAGGUGAGCAAGACGGGCGCAAACCCUUCGCCAAAAAGAGCUCCAAAACCCCAGACACUAUAGAGGACUUCUCCUCUGUCCCAGACGGUGGUCUUCUAGAUCCAAUUACAGAGGAGGAUGAGAAGUCAGAGCAUGGGUCCGCCACUAAAAUCCCACCCAGAUGCAAGACCAAAGGACAGGGACCGUCUUACCACAGCAUACCGAGCGAUGAAGAAGAUUCAGGCGAUGAGGAGACGGACGCCACCCCGCUGCUGAGAGAGGAACCUUGGGCUGCUGAACCAGGCGUCUUAGCUAAAGGGAAGAGCUUCAUCUCAGACAUCGCACUGGAUAAGAAAUCAUCUGAUUCUGGAGUGAGGUCCAGCAGGAGCUCAUCAGACCGCUCGCUGCAAGACGAGGAGAGCGAAUCGGCGCAGAAGGAGGAGAAGAAAGAAGAAGAGGCCCAUCUGAUCGAGCUGGUUCUUGAGAGCCCGGUUAAGAAGCGAGUCUUACCACACAGGCUGAGUAACCUUCAGGAUGAGGCAGUGGCCCGGAUGUCCAUCUGUUCUGACGCUUUAUCUGACAGCAGUAGCCCUGAGGACAGCUGGCCCACGUCAGCUGUGAGCAACCUCAACUGCUCACCUGAAAAUACUGCGCUCAACAACAACAACAUCAACAACAGCGCCCGUCAGGAGACGCCCGACCCAACCGACUGCCCCUCUAUCAUUAUACGGCCAGGAUCUAGCACCGAAACCACCACGCUGCCCAAUCAAAACCUGCGUGGAGCCUACCAGAAGAGGGCCACCGGUCCCGCCACCGACGCUGCUGAGGAACGAGAGAGUGUCCUCUGAGCCUAACACGGUUUCUUUAACUGAAGAAAGGUAAAUUACUGUAAAAGUCUAACGACUGCAAAGCUUCAGAGAAACUCUUCAUUCAGGCAUCUGUGUUGUUAGUUAACACGAAUUAAAAAUGACCCAGCACAGCAAAAUCUGUUUCUUAACCAGUAUUUCUGAUUUAGUUUUGCAUAAAAGAUAUUUAAAGGUCCAUAAAACAAGAAAUUUAAUUAGUUAUAUAAAAUCAUUUAAGCAUAACAUUUCUGAAGCCUAUUAUAUAAAACCAAAAAUUUAUGGUUUAGACUUAAAAGUAACUUUUUUAAGAAUUGAAGUGCAAUUCAUUAACAUAAGAAAAAUCAUUAGGAAACACGAUGACAAAAACUUUUACAGCUUUAUUAGUUUAGGUUAAUGUUCAUUUUUGCAUAUACAUUUUUAAGGUUUCAAGUUGCAUGAAUUAACAUUAACAUAUUAUAAAUGAACAUGGAUUACAACAAUUAUCCAUAGUAUAUUCAGAGAUUAUUAUAUAAUAUUAACCUAUAUUUAAAAAAAUUGUCAUUGUGUUAGAUCAUUACUGAUUAAUGUUAAAGAAUUGAAGCCUAUUGUAGUGUUACCGAGAGAGAGAGAAAAAAGAUCCACUGAAAACAAAUCUUAUUAUUUUACACAACCUUGUUCUAUCAAUGUAAGUGUCUUAUUUUAAGGACAUUUAGAUAUUUUUAACUGGAAAACAAAACCAAAAUACUGUGUAAAAGUGUGAGAAAUUUAAUUGUUUCUGUUUUUGGAGUGGGUGCUAAAAAGCGAUAAAUGGAAGCUGUGAAGCCGUUCGUAGUUUCUGAUUUGUUUAGUGCAAAUCCUGUUAUUUCAUGCUUUGUUGCUAACAUUAAAGAUCCAGCGUAGGCUGGUCCACAAUAUUCAAAUCCAUCAAGUAGAGUGGGGAUUUAACCACAGAGAGUUGGUGCUGAUGUUUUUGCUGUGAUCGGUGAUGUGAAAGCUGUUAUUUAUUAGUGAUUGAAUGCCCUGUUCACAUUCAGGUCAUCCUUGUAGUUUGUGUUCUGCCUUGUAGUGUUUUAGAUGAGUGAAUCGAAUUGUGAUCAGUGUUACGAAAAGAGAAAAACAAGAAAUUAUAGAGGUUUCUGUAAGGUUUGAAUUGUGUGUAUGAGUAUCCUCAAUGUUUUCUCACACCAAUAAACCUCAUUCUUUUCCAA